AUGGUUGCUGAAGUUCAGCGCCUACAAAAGGAGCUGGCAGCCCAGCAGGAAGUCACGAGUGCAGUCACAAAGGAGCUGGGAGUGGAGCGUGCCAAGGGCGAUCGUCUGGCGUCAGAGGCCGCUGCGCGUGAGGCGGCACAGGCCAAGGCCCGCGCCCAGGUCGCCACCCUCAGCGGGGAGCGCAACAGCUUGUCGGCUCUGGUGGGCGCCCUCAAGAGUCAAGUGGAGGCCAGGGGCACCGAGCUGGCGGCGCAGCUGGAGGCUGCGGCGCUGCUGGCCCGUGACAGGGCGGCAGCCGAGGCGCGGGCGCGUGAGGCGGAGCGCGCCAAGAGCCGGCUGGAGCUUGAUGUGGCCCAGCUGCAGGAGCAAGCCAAGGCCCUGGGUAACCAGCUGUCGGCCACCACCGAUGCGCUGGACUCAAAGAGCCUCGAACUCCUAGCGCUGCAGCGUGCCAGCACCACAACCGCAACUAGGCUGCAGCGCGAGGCGUCAGGCCUGCAGGCGGCGCUGGACGCUGCCACAGCCCGCGGCGAGGGCCUCAAAACGCGGCUGGCAACCGUGGAGGUGCAGCUGGUGACGUCGCAGCAGCAGCUGGCACACCUGGAGGUCAAGGCAGGGGAGCAGGAGCGGAGCCUCAACGAGCAGCUGCGCGCUGCUCUGGCACAAGCAAAGCUCUACGAGGAGCUUGCCACCAAUGAGCAGCAGAAGAGAGAACAGGCCACUCAUGUAAUGGCCGAGAUGCAGGAGCAGGCCAGCUCUGCGGCACGCGCCCAUGCCGAGGCGCUCGAGGCGGCAGAGACGCAGGCUGCAGAUGCGCGGCAGCUGGCGCAGCUUUACCAGCAGCAGGUGGCAGACUUGACGACGCAGCUGCAGGCAGCUGCAGCAGGUGACAGUGCGGCGGAUGCAGAUGGCGUACCUAUGACGCCGGUUCCGCCUGGCCGGCUGCUUGGCAGCAGCGACCAGCAGGUGCUGGCGGCCGAGGCUGAGGUGCUGGGGCGGUCCCCCGAGGGCGUCGUGUCUGGCCUGCAGCAGCAGGGCAGGAGCUAUGCUGAUGUGGCGGCCCUCUACGCAGACAUGGCGCACGCGUUCCGGUUGGAGCGCACUCGGGCGCAGGGGCUGGAGGCAGAGUUGGACCGCCUCUGCAUUGCAGCCAACCGCAAGGCCUCCGAUAUUGAGCGCCAGCGCGGCGACUUUGAGGCGUCGCAGGCGGCGCACUUUGCGUUGCAAGCUGCGUAUGCUGAGCAUGCGGCGCGCUUGGAGGAGCUAACGGCGCUGCUGGCGGAGCAGGGACGCGAGCUCGCGGGCGAGCGGCGACUGGCAGCUGGCCUGCGUCAGGGGUAA